AUGCCGGACAGCGAAGCAGCUGAGCUGGAGACCAGCAAUCUUUUCUACUUUAGCGAGGUACAGUGUACCUCGCUAAACACCCAUCAACCCGAGGUAUCGACACUGCACAUGCCAAAAGAAAACACACUCGAACACGGAAACAGCGAUAGCGAAGGCGAAGUUAUACUUUUUAAAGGCAGACUUAACUCGGUCCCCAAAAAGAGCGACACUAUUGACAUGGAAAAUAUCCGCACGGAAAUACUUGCAGUUCAGAGAGAGGUGGAAACGUCACCGGUCAUGACUAACAUUACUCGUGGGAGGAGGGGCGGGAGGCAAGCCAAAGCGAAACGAGCCGCCAUAUUCAAUGUGUCCGAAGAAGAGGACGAUGGAAUGUUGGCCGAUUAUAUUGCGAACAUGCGCGAAAAUGGUGAGAUGCAGGAGCUUAUAGAGACUCUAGCGGGCCCAGCAGAGAUCGAAGACGAAAGCGCGAGCAGUGCUGAAUCUAGCGAUAACGACGCCGGGGACCUGUUGACCGAGGCUGCUCUGGCGUCACAGCUGAACAAGCAGAUCCCAAAGGGGGCUUCAGGGGAGACCGUCACAGAGUAUACUGAUUUUGACCCCAUGCACUGGUAUCGUCCUAGCAUUCAGCGUAAUAAUGGCAAGGCGGCAAAACAUAAACUCGAUUUCAGGUUCGCCGACAUCGACUCCGAGAUAGAAUGCAGACUACAAGCAGCAUGGCAGAGCGAUCGCAUCAGAAAGGCCGAGCGGAAAAAAGAGCGUGAGCAAUUUCGCGCCCUGAAUCUCAUCAAAAAGAAAGCUGAAAAAGGAGAUACCGAUGACUUGCGUGUCAAAUAUCCUAAAGGCAUGAGUCUCGACCAGGUUGCCGACGAGCUGAAGAGAUUUCUAAUAAGCCUCGACAUUAGCAUCUGCCUACCGCCGAUGGACAAGCACGCCAGGAAGAUAAUUCACGAGCUGGCAAACACGUUCAACGUAAAAUCCAAGUCUACUGGCAAAGCCGACCAGCGCCGACCCACAUUGUACCGCACGAAGCGGACGCUGCGAUUUGACGACGAGGCAUUUCAAUCAGCUGUCAGACGAACACGACGUCAAUACUUUCCCAGACUAGAUUAUAAAGGGAAGAGGUUGCAAGAGCAACCUUCCCGUAACGGCUAUGCCGAAGCAAGCUACCGCGAUGGGGAGAUCGUUGGUGCUUCUGCUCCGGAAUUGAGUAUCGAGAAUCGUGGCAGAGCAAUGCUGGAAAAAAUGGGAUGGAGCACUGGGACAGCUCUCGGCUCGGAAGACAACAAGGGAAUUCUCAUUCCCGUCAUUCAGACCAUGAAGAGAUCCAAAGCAGGACUAGGUUAG